AUGAAAGCUGUUGUAUCUCCUGGUAAAGCUUGGUUCUGUACCGUCUUGUCUGCAUUCGGUGUCGUUAUAUUAUCAUUCAUAGGUUAUCUAUUUAGUAUAAACCAUGAAAGUAUGAUGGGAUCAGUCAACGAUCCUGAAGAUGGUAAAGCUGUCGCUCAUACUGUCUUCAUAGCUGCUCUGGUUUAUCUUGGUUUCUUUGUCUUUUGUGGUUCACAAAUAUUGGUUUACAAGAGACAAUCACGUAUAUCUCUGUGA